UUGGAAAUGCCCGAGAGGUUGCGACUGGAAAAUCCGGUUUUGUCCGAAGAAUAUAUUUCUUGUUAUUCAGAAGCGAAUGAAAAUGGCAACUUUACGACUGCGGGGAUCAUUCCGAUUAUGCACUGCACAUGCAGUUAGACCAGCAUGUCAGCCUGCUGGAUAUAAGAGAUGUAUUUAUACAACAGCACCAAAGCUUAAGAACAUCUACUGGAAUGACAAGUACAAUGACGGAGAAGAGGUUUUUGAGAAGAUACUCAUCGCUAAUCGUGGCGAGAUAGCAUGUCGUGUAAUUCACACAUGCAAAAGACUGGGCAUAAAGACUGUUGCAGUUCAUAGUGAGGCUGACUCAUUGUCACUUCACACACGGUUGGCAGAUGAAGCAAUUUGUGUGGGGCCUCCCCCAACCAGUCAAAGUUAUCUCAAUAUGGAUGCUAUUCUUAAAGCUGUCAAGGAUACAGGAGCUCAAGCUGUACAUCCUGGCUAUGGUUUCCUGUCAGAAAAUACAGUGUUUGCUGCCAAACUGGCAGAGAUAGGAGUAGAAUUCAUAGGACCAACAAGUGACUCCAUCAAGGCCAUGGGCGAUAAGAUACAGAGUAAAAGAAUAGCCAGCAAAGCCAAGGUUAACAUGAUCCCUGGUCAUGAUGGUGUGGUGGAAGAUGCAGAUCACUGUGUUAAACUGGCCAAUGAAAUUGGGUACCCUGUCAUGAUCAAAGCAUCAGCUGGAGGCGGAGGAAAGGGAAUGCGAAUAGCAUGGAAUGACAAAGAAGCAAGAGAUUCCUACCGCUUAUCCAAACAAGAGGCGGCUUCGAGUUUUGGAGAUGACAGGAUGUUGAUAGAGAAAUACAUUGACAACCCUAGACAUAUUGAAAUGCAGGUGUUGUGUGAUAAGCACGGAAAUGCUCUCUGGUUAAAUGAAAGAGAAUGCUCCAUACAGAGGAGAAACCAGAAAGUGAUCGAAGAGGCUCCAAGCACCUUUGUGGACCCCGACAUGAGAAAGAGGAUGGGAGAGCAGGCCACAGCCCUGGCCAAACAAGUCAAGUAUUCCUCUGCAGGCACAGUGGAGUUUUUGGUGGAUUCACAGAAGAACUUUUAUUUCCUGGAAAUGAAUACACGUUUACAGGUGGAGCAUCCCAUCACUGAGUGUAUCACAGGGAUAGAUAUAGUCCAUCAGAUGAUCCGCUCCGCUAAAGGUCACAAGCUGCUUCAUUCUCAGUCAGACAUUCCAAUAGAUGGCUGGGCCUUUGAGUGUAGAGUGUACGCGGAGGAUCCUUACAAGAGUUUUGGCAUGCCUUCUAUUGGGCGACUACAGAAAUAUAUUGAACCAAGUCAUAUUAGUCAGGUCCGAUGUGAUAGCGGUAUUCGAGAGGGCAGUGAAAUCAGUGUGUACUAUGACCCAAUGAUCUGCAAGUUGGUAACGUAUGGCAGCAGUAGAAUGGAAGCCCUCUCAGUGAUGGUCAAAGCUUUAGACUCCUAUGUUAUCAAGGGUGUGACUCACAACAUCCCUCUGUUGAGGGACAUCGUGACAGAGGAAAGGUUUGUGGCUGGAAACAUCAGUACCAAUUACCUUCCCACCGUAUACCCUGAUGGCUUCAAAGGUCGAGUGUUGUCUGCUGUUGAGAGCCUUGAACUGGUUGCUAUGGCAGCAGUGAUUUACGUUAAGGAUCAACUUGCAUCCAGGAAUUUCAAAAAUCAGACCAGGAUCCCUCUUGCCAACAAUCUUCCUACUAGCUGGUCUCUAAAUAUAAUGUUGAAUGAAGAGAAUUUCCCUCUAGAAGUCAACUUAGCUGGCAAUGAACUUACUGUUUUGGUCCAAGACCAGACAAUGAAUAUUCCGAUCGACGUUGAUGUAUCAACGUCCCUCAUCAACAUGACAAUGAAUGGACAAAGUAAACUGUUACAGUUAUCAAAAAGACUUGGAGCAGGACUGUACAAUCUCCGAUUCUUUGGAACAGUGUACCAGCUGAAGGUCCUGGAAGAGUUCGCCAAUCAGAUGUCCAAACUGAUGCCUGUUAAACAGGAAGUGGACACGUCAUCAUUAAUCCUUGCUCCUAUGCCAGGCGUCUUAAAAUCUGUUGCUGUCAAACCAGGCGAUAUGGUGGCUGAGGGACAAGAAGUCUGUGUGUUGGAGGCUAUGAAGAUGCAGAACAGUCUGGCUUCAGCUCGAGUGGCUAAAGUUAAAAAAGUCAAUUUCCAGCAAGGACAAACAUUGGACGAAGGGGAUGUGAUUGUUGAGUUUGAGUGAGAAGAGGAUGAGAGAUUAACCAUUUCAGAAACUUUAUAUUGAUAUUCUGGGGAAAUCUAGUGCUGCCAUAACCAUGAGCUUAAACAGUAUUCCACCAGUUGCCUUAGUUACCCAAUCUUCUGCUUACUUAUACAUGCGCUAAGGCUUUUUACUGUAGGGAGUACUGGUUUUCAUAUAUACACUGUAUCAAACGAAACAGUUGCCUUCCCACUCUGCAGUUCAGUUCUUGAAGUUUCUGAAGUUUUAUCAUACAUGAAGAGAUUUACAUUUUUUAGUACUCAAAGUCCUACAAUAUUUUGCAAGUUGUAUUGAAAUCUGCUGGGAAUUUUUCAAAUAUUAUUUUUCAUUAACAGUAUUUCUGACAGUGUCAGAAUAGAGGUUGUGAAAAUGACACUUCCUCUCGGGCAAUGUGAAGGAUACCUCUCAGAUAUAGACUCAAUGUUGUAAGCGUUGAUAUUGUUGACAUUUUAAGAAAGGGAGGAUGUUUGAAAAGCAUCCCUAUUUACAUCAAUUUAUGAGAAAGUUGUUAUGGACGAAACUUUUUGAUGUUGUAUAUUGGGUUUUUUUUAUUGUUUAGCCAUCCAUGGUUCUUAGAAAUUAGAUUUGAUUUGUUCCAUUGAAACAUCUUCAGCUUGAUAUGCAUGUAUUCUUUGCCAAAUGAUAUUAAAAAUUUUACAAUUAAAACCUAGAUGAUGCAAUUCCUGUUAAUAUGCAAAAAAAAUGCCAAGAUAUGAAUUUUCAACGGAACUCUGAUGUACGACAUUUCCUAUAAGUGGAGAUACUGUGUGACCUUUGUUUUCUGCAUAUAAUUGUUUUUUGCUUAAUUUUUUAGUAUUUCUUCAAUUGCAUAAAUAAAUUGCAUAAUAUAUUG